GACAUGUCAAGGGCAGGUAACUGAAAUCAAAACACGUGAAAAAUGUCAAACAAGUUAAAGUCGCUCUUAGGCAAUUAUCCUUCGUUAAAGUAUGAUGAAUCUACCGGAAAGGUGAGAUGUUCACUGUCUGGUCAUGAGAUGCCAUACAGAGAGGAUGCUGUCACAAGUUAUGUUCAUGGAAAGAAGUUUCUCAAACUAAUGGCAAGGGAAGACAAAAAUUAUGAAAAAUACAAACCUCACCUGGUACCCAGCACAAAGAAACAUCAUGAGCACCAGCUGUUCUGUACAUUAACCAUGAGUCAUGUUAACAAGACACCUGUUCAUGUGGAGAGACAUGUAAAUGGAGGGAAAUUUAAGAGAUUCCUUGCUAGAUGGGAGGAAUGCAAAAGAACUGGUAAAGAGUACAAACCACCUAGAGGAAGAAGGAAGGUCCAAGAAAAUCCUGAUCUUAGGAAGGGAGUCAACUCUGUAGAUGAAGGUGGUGACAAUGAUGAAGGGGAGAUAAGUGAUACUGACAGCCUCAGUGACCUGUAUCCAGCUGCUGAAUUUGUAAGUCUUGAUGAUAAGGAAGAAGAUGGAGAAGCUGGUGGCAGUCAGAAAGAUAAGAAAGAGGAUUCUGAUUCUGAGUUUGAAGAUAUGGAAACAGAGAACAUAAAAGAUCCUUCAGUCCGGCCUGAUACAGAACAGAGAGGACAGAAAAGAAAUAAAUUCAAAGCAGGAAGACAUUCCAAACAAACAAAGAAGAAAAUGCAGAAAAUAAGUUGAAAGGCAGCAGAGACUGUGUUGUUGAAAAUCUUGUUGUAACAAGUUCUUUAGUAAAAAAUGCGUUCAGAGAGUA